AUGGGAGCAGUAGUUAUCUCCAAUCCAUCAAAGGACCAGUUCCUGUCCUCUUUCUUCCUAAUUAAGAAGUCAUCCGGGGGGAUGCGGUUUAUAUUAAAUCUGCGAGAUCUAAACGCUUACAUCUUGCCCCCACACUUUAAGAUGGAGGAUUGGCAUACGGUAGUUCGACUCAUGCUACCAAAUUACAGAAUGGCGUCUGUAGAUCUCCAAGAUACAUACUUAGCAAUUCCAAUACAUCCUUUGCACAGAAAAUUUCUCAGAUUUCAAUGGCGAGGCGUAGUUUACGAAUUUACGGCCCUGCCGUUCGGUCUUGCUACAGCACCAUAUAUAUUUACAAAGAUUACACGUCCGAUUGUUACUAUCCUAAGAAAACAGGGUUUUCAGUCUGUUGUUUAUUUGGACGAUUUUUUGCUUUUAGGUGCUUCGGAAGAGGAAUGUCGAGAAAAUGUGAAUGUAUCCUUAGAGCUUCUAUCACGUUUAGGUUUCCUCGUUAACUACGCCAAGUCACAGAUGUCACCCUCUCACACUUGCAAAUACUUGGGUUUCGUUUUCGACUCGGUUCACCAGUCACUGUCCAUCCCACAUGACAAGAGACAGAAACUUUUAUUAUUGAUGCUUGACAUGUUAAAAAAGGCUCAAUGUUCCAUCAGAGAAUUUGCAAGCAUGAUCGGCUCUUUAAUAUUUUGUUGUCCCGCAGUCCAAUAUGGCAUUUUCUAUAUAAAGAGAUUUGAGAGAGAGAAAUUUCUGGCUCUGGGAUCCGAUUAUCAAAAUUACGAUAGGCGAAUGGUAAUCCCUACGUAUUUAAAGGAAGAUUUUGAAUGGUGGAUCCGGAUUUUUUCUAACACGCGUCAGGCCAACACCAUUUGUACAGAUCUUUUCAGGUGCGAAAUUUAUUCAGACGCCUCCAUAACAGGUUGGGGAGCCUCAUGCGGAGAGUUACAUACGCACGGGUGGUGGUCGACAGUUGACGCCUCUUUACACAUUAACGCGUUGGAACUUAAAGCCGCAUAUUAUGCACUAAGGUCUAUAGCCGUGAAUCUUAAAGACUGUAAUAUCCUCUUACGAGUAGAUAACACUACCGCUAUAGCAUAUAUAAAUAAUUUCGGUUCGGUUCAGUAUCCUGUUUUAUCAGACUUAGCCAGAGAUAUCUGGAAAUGGUGCGAGGAUAGAAACAUAUAUUUAUUUGCCUCAUACAUUGCCUCGGUUGAUAAUGUCAUCGCGGAUACAGAAUCGAGAAGAACAAACGUCAACACCGAGUGGUCUUUAUCAACGCAAGCGUUUAACCUAAUAGACGAAAGAUUCGGCCUCUUCGACAUCGACCUCUUUACCUCCGCAAUUAAUAGCAAAAACAACCUUUACGUCUCUUGGCUUCCCGACCCGGGCUCUUGGGCAACCGAUGCGUUUAUACUAUCCUGGAAUAGUUUUUAUUUUUACGCCUUCCUCUCUUUCAUCCUUAUUCCCAGAAUUCUCAGUAAGAUAAUUGAUGAAGGAACUACGGGGGUUUUGGAAACCUCAUCCAGAGUGGAGGAGCCUUUCCCUGGCGGCAGGGAAAUUAUCCGGAAAGCAUUUCAAUCCCAGGCGGUACCGUCGACAGCCUUGGAUACCCUUAUAGCAUCGUUGGCCCCAUCUACGAUCAACCAAUACGCCCGCCCGCUGCGAGACUGGUGGAAUUUUUGCCAGACGCACGGAGUGUCUCUGUUCUCUCCUGCAGUGGACCAGGUUUUAACAUUUUUAGCCCAAGAAUUACAGAAGGUCGGCUCUUAUUCAACAUUAAAUACCACUCGCUCCGCGGUCUCGCUUAUCUCAGAACACGCGAUUGGCAAUCACCCUCUAGUUAAGCGUUUUUGUAAGGGGGCCAGUAGUAUCAAACCGCAAAGCUCCAGAUACGACUUUGUAUGGGAUCCGGCACCUGUGAUUUCAAAAUUAGCAACUAUCUAUCCAUAUGACCCCCUGCCUUUGGAGAUCAUUACGAGGAAGUUAGUCCUCCUUUUAGCGCUAGGAUCAGGUCAACGCGCUCAGUCUCCCGCUGCAAUCAGAAUCUCGUUUAUCUCAUUCGCCACAGACAGACUUACUAUUAGAAUCCCGGACCGCAUCAAAACCUCGGCCCCCGGUCGAGCACAACCCCUCAUCACUUUCAUUCGUUUUCGAGAUCCAGAGCUUUGCAUUAUCUCUAUCCUACAGCACUAUUUAUCUAUCACCAGAGACUUACGCCCAAACGGUUCCGACACCCUUUUUAUUGCGUGCGUCAAACCUCACAUGCCAGUAGGUAUCCAGACUGUAAGUCGGUGGAUUCGCAAGGGCCUCGAAGAGUGUGGAAUACAGGGCAGAGAUUUUUCGGCUCACAGUACCCACCAUGCUUCCACAUCCCUUGCGGCUAAGAAAGGAGUUCCUAUCGACUUGAUCAAACGAGCGGCAGGCUGGUCCG